ACCUCCUUCCACCAUGUCUACUUUCCGUCUCCUCGCCUCUGCCGCUCGACGCGUCCCAAGAGCAUCCUCCACCCUCGGCAGACGCGGCUACGCCGAGGCUACUGACAAGAUCAACCUUUCUCUGGUUCUCCCCCAUCAAGCCAUCUUCACCUCCACGAAUGUCGUUCAGGUCAACUUGUCUGCUGCGACUGGUGACAUGGGUAUCCUCGCGAACCAUGUGCCUUCUAUCGAGCCGCUCCGCCCAGGGGUUGUAGAGGUCAUUGAGUCUGGGAACACUUCGAAGAAGUGGUUCGUUUCUGGCGGGUUUGCCAAUGUUCAUCCCAACAACAAGCUCACUAUCAAUGUCGUCGAGGCCGCUCCUCUAGAGGACUUCUCUCCAGAAGCGGUCCGCGCGAACCUUCAGGAGGCACAGAAGGUUCUUGUGGGCAAUGGGUCAGAGGAGGACAAGGCAGAGGCGCGUAUCGAGGCAGAUGUGUACGAGGCCCUGCAGCACGCGCUCGGCUCAAAAUAA